AUGCUCCCACGUCCCGGGGUCCACGGGCGCCGGGGAGGGUAUUUGGCUAGCUGGAGCCUUGUUAUCCUCAGUGUCUACCUCUCGGCGUUCGGAGCUCCGUCAUGGCAGCGGGAGCAUGAUCACUGGGUUGCCGAUUUGACUGAUGUCUGCCGACUCCAGGCCGACAUGCAUUCGACCUGGCUUUCCCGGCGUCAGCACUGUGAGCUCCCACAGGAGUUGCCGUGGACAUAUCACGGGUCUUGGAACGCCUACCCAUUAUGGGCCGGUGGGGUUCCUGACGAACUCCUGAUUGCCACCGAUGGUAGCGGCGCUGGCACUGGGUCCUGGGCCUUUAUCGUUUGGGGCCUGUUCGGACACCGCUGGUACCGAGUUGAUUGGGAGGCGGCCCGGUUGACCAGUGUAGGAUGGCUGUCUGAGUUGCCACCGACACCUGCUACCGACACCCGGUCCUACCACGGUGAACUUGCGGCGCUGCAAGCAGCUGCCAUGUGGUGCCUGGCCCAGAUCGACCAGUGGGCAAUCUACAUGCGAUCCUCUCCUCGACUCAUCACCCUUGCAGUUGACAAUUCCUCAGCACUGACAGUCGCGGCCGGGCACGCGGCGGCCGCACAGCCCUUGGCCGCUAGCACACGUGCCCUUUGGCAAGCUGUUCAAGCUCGGGUGUCGACUAGCUUCCGGCAUGUGCAUAGCCACAUAGGAAUAAUGGUCAAUACUCUCGCGGACGCCCUGGCCACUUGGGUUUUGGAUUAUGGUGAGGUUAGACCGCCUCCCGCACUGCCGUGGCACUCGACCUUCCAAGCCUUAGCGCCCUGGCUCUGGCUCAUCCCGCAGGCCAAGAUGCAUGGCGGGCGGCCCUGCUUCUCCCUUGCGAUAGGGGAUGUUGGAUGGUCCCCACCACAGACCUCUGUCGACACCGCUCCCCCGAGCCACGUCGAUACUCCCGCACCGGUGCCGCUCUGCGUUACGACCGCAAACAUUCAGUCCAUCAAAGAUGCCUGCCAGCUAGGCAUCAAUAUCCUCUGCUUGCAGGAGGCCCGGAGUAAGGCAGGCCGGUGGGCGGUUGGCGGAUGGCUCACAUGGCGCUCUGGAGCUUUGAAAGGCCAGUAUGGCUGCGAAAUCUGGGUUAAACCAAGCAUUGUCUCGCCAUCGUUGCAGCUGAGUGACUGGCGCAUCUUGCAUAGCUGCCCACGUCUCCUUGUCAUCACUUGCGUUUCUGAGCAGUUCCCGGUCACUAUCUGCUCUGCGCAUGCACCACACUCUGACAGACCCGAUGCCGAAGCAAGAGCCUUCUGGGAACUCCUCGCGACCGUCCUCCAGGCCACGCCCAGGCGGCGUGCCAUUGUGCUUGGGCUCGACGCUAACGGCGACUUCUGUUCUGCAGACGAUGAGGGAGUGCUGAUCGGCACAUUGAUAUCCCAGCACGAGCCUUCCCGUAAUGAUGAAUAUCUUCUUGAAUUGUGCCUGCGAUUCGGCCUUUUCGCUCCUUCCACCUUCAGCGACACCCAAGUUGGAGAAGGCUGGAGCUGGCAGCACACUAGUGGCCGGAGGAAACGGCUAGAUCAUCCUCGCUUCCAAGCAGGUCCCUGGGAGGUCGAGAGGUCUAGCCAAGCCCUAGCCUUUGACAUCGUAAAUGUGCAGCAAGACCACGUCGCUCUUUGGGCACAUGCUAUCCUUAGGGCGACUGCCCCGGCGGUGCCCCGGCCCCGGCAGCGGAAGUGUCUUCCGGCCGAGGUGCGUGGGGCUGGCAGUGACAUCUGGUCCCGUAUCCAGCGUCAAACGCCUGUGGGCUGCCCUGCACAGGUCCAGCAGCUUCUGGACGUCUACUCAGCAUGGAGGCAGGGCCUUGCCCUCGCGCUCUCCACUUGUACCCAAGCAGCCGUACAUCCAGGCCAAGACUUUGGUGGCGGCAGCGUUGCUACGGAGACCGCCUGCCACACCUUCGCUGGCACCAACAGCGCUCUGGCACAUCAGGAAGGACGAGCCCUUGAGUCCAUCUCCAAGCUGCGAUGGGCCUCGCGUCGUGCUGCUGAGCGGAGAGCCGUCCACGCAGCGGGCGGCUACAAUAUCGAGCAGGAACUCGAAGAACAAUUCAGAGCCCAAGAAGGGGGGCGUGCGGUUACGCCCGAGCAAAUCCGUGCUGCCCAGCGAUCCUGGGCCCAUUCUCCCACGGUACCUUGUCCGCAGGCGGUACCGACUCUCCUCCAGAUGGAGGCUGCUUGCCGUAGACAGCAGGCCGGGAAGGCUCCUGGGCCCGACCUUGUGCUCAACGAGCUCUGGAAGCACUUCCCGGUUUCCGCGGGUCUCUGGUUCUGGCGUGUCUGCACUGGCAUCGCACUGACGGGCCGCGAGCCACCCCAGUUCAAGCUCGCACUCAUAUGCGCCCUAUAUAAGAAGGGCCCAGCUGCCCUGCCACAAAACUACAGGUCUAUCGCACUGAUGAAUGGCAUGGCCAAGGUGUACCAUGGGUACCUCAGGAAAGGUCUCGGGCACUCGAUUCUACGUCGUUACCAGGGACUCCAACUCGGAGGCCGCCCAGGCAUGCCUGUCCACUUCGCUGUCGCUGCAUUCCGCUGUGCGUGGUCACUCUGCGUCGAAGCACAGCGGAGUGUUGCGGUUCUCUUUGUUGAUAUCAAAGCCGCAUAUUACGAGGCGAGCAGGGACCUCAUCUUUGAUGGCGGCCCUUUGUCUCUGGAGCCCAGCGAACAGCGGCUAUAUCAUUUGAGCGCUCUCGUCGACCAAUUGGCACGGGCAGGCGCCCUUCAGCUUCUCGGUGUCCCGGCGGAAGAAAUUGCACUUCUCAAGGACUGCGUCGCUUGUGCCCACUGGCAUUUGGUCGGGUCCGACCGUCUAUUUCUUGCAACGCGGGGUUCAAGACCCGGCGACGGACUCGCUGAUAUCCUCUUUGGUUCCCUCUUCGCCAUUGCGCUACGCCACAUUGAAACUGUGUGUGCCAAGGAGGGUCUAACUUGCCAGGCUGCUUGUUUCGCCUCUGGAUCCUCCCCCACUCCGCUCCAGAUAGGGUGGGCUGACGACCUUGCGGUUAUUACGGAUUAUGCUAGUCCCCGAGACUUGCAACAGCUUUUUCCCCGGGUUGCUGAAAUUGUCAUAGACACCUUACAUGCCCUACAUUUUUCUGUUAACCUUGGGGAAGGGAAAACCGAGGCUCUCCUUGACAUCAGGGGCAGUGAAGCCAAGGCAGUACGUGGUGAAAUGCUUGGGUCGUCCCGACCGCUAACCCUACCUAAUGGAGCCGAGUUACGACUGACUCCUGAAUACAGGUAUCUCGGGGUUGUCCAACACCCCAAGGAUAAUGGCCGCAGAGAUUCUGAGCUUUGUGCUCAACGAGGACGCACCGCAUGGGCCCACGGUCGCAACCUGAUUAACAGCGACGCGUUACCUUGGGCGCUCCGGCAAGCGUGGGUCGCCGGCAGGAUCCUGCCCGCUGCGUACGCAACCCUUGCUACGUCAGUCGCGGUGUCCGAAAGAGCUACCGCGCCCUUGCACGGCCUGUUUGAACGGAUUGCCCGGGUCGUGUGUGGAUCCUGGCGCUUCGGCCACCGCCUUCACCGGUCCGUGCUCCUCUGCCUCCUUGGACUGACGGCCCCUGAGCAUGCUGUUGUCGUUGCUCGCACCCGCCUUGUCGUCCAGCUCGUUGGUCGGGCACCUACCGAGGUUUGGGAUCUCUUUGACGCGGCAUGGAACCGUGCUGUCCCCUGGUGUGCUUUGCUCGCAGAUGCUUGCAAGUCAGUUGCCCGUGGAGUUGCGAGCGCCCAGCGUAAACAUGUCCCUUCGGCCUUGGCCUUCGUGCGUGCCAACCAGCGAGGGAUGCUGAAGGCUUGCCGGUUUCUCAGCAAAUGGGGCACUCUCCAGUGGGCUUUCUGGGAUCUGUGGCAAGCACUGUCCGGACCCAGGCAUAAAAGAGUCCUCGGGUGCGCAACCCCACAUCCCUGCGGCAUCUGCAACGCGGUUCUACCUAGUGCCCACGCACUUGCGGCACACGUUCACCGCAAGCACUCUGUUGUCAACUGGCUGACACGGUACACCCAUGGCACGGCUUGGCCCCUUAAUGCUACGCCUGCCCAGCGUGCUGCUUCUGAGGCAGGGCGCCCUUGCACCGCGGGAGAGCUUGCCCAAGAGCUCUUCGCAGUCACUGGGGCGCUUGGCCCUUUUGACUGGCCGGCCCCGCAGGUUAAUGAUGGGGCUGCGCGCUUUGUUGCUGCGGCACCGGCUGACCCGCACCCGAGGCCUUUUCCCCUAGAUGUGGGCGCCGCAGAGCCCGUCGGCCCCGCUGCUGCUAUCGCUCACUGCCCCGGAUCUGAGGAGGAUGCGCCCAGCGUUUCUAAUUUGGUUGAGGCACCCGUACGACAGUGGCGGUGUAUCUUUGACUACUCUGAACCAGCUGAGGCAUGGCAUCUGCCCUCUCCGUUAUGGUCUGCAUGGAGUCUCGCCCCUGUCAUUUGGCAGCUUCCUCUUGCGUGGCACCGCUAUUGGAAAUGUUGGCAUGCUACCGAUCUGUUCCACCCUUGGGACGCCGCUGCCACGUCGGCUUUCCGUGUCCUGCGCAGCAGUGUCUCUGACCCUGCUGCCGCUUCCAAGGAGCCUCCGGUUGCCUUACAGUGCCUGUUGGCCGCCACGGUUACCCUCCGUCAGGUCUGCGCCCGCGUCUGUGCUGGAGGUGCUCUUUGGCUUUGGGGUGUGCCGAGCUCAGCAGGGCUCUCGCUCCUCCGGAGGCUGCUGCCCCGCGCGCUCUUCCGUUCUGCGCAUCUGCCCUUCGGAGUGAUCUUUGCUGCACAGCAUCCCGACUGCCCACCCUCGUGGUGGCCGGACCUUCUUGGCCUUUGCUCUCCCUCGCCUGCGGGCCGUUCCCCUUUUGUCCGUCCUCUGCGAGCUUCUUUCAUUUUCAGCACAGUGUCGCUGGGUCGCGCCUGA